CCAACAUCAACCAUCAACACCCGCAAUCAACCCACCACCACCACGACGCAAUGGCAGCAACGACAACUUCCCCCUUCCCCUUCCCCAGGGAAUACUCCUUCCCCCCCUUCUUCACCCGCCAAACGAACCUAACAACCCACCACGCCCAACUCGUCAAAUGGUCCGACCUAAUCCUCUCCUACUGCCGCCACCACCGCCUCUUCAAGCUCUCCCUCGGCGCCGCCAUCCCCUCCGCCUCCUCCUCCGCACUCCCGCACGCCCUCCCGAACCACAAUGACACCUCCUCCCUGAUAAACGAACCCACAACAUUCUCCCCCGCGACCGCAACAUCCUCCGCCGCCGCCGCGCCAGAGGAGCUCUUCCACAACAAGACGCUCAACAAGCGCCUCAGCCUGGCCGACGCGCGCGAGGUCCUCGAGUUCAUGCGCAAGGACGGCCGCGCCGAACCCUUACCUGCCAGCACGGACGUCUUUUGGGUUUACUGGCGCACGCCCGACGAGUGGGCCGCCGCGAUCGAGGGGUGGAUCGACGAGACAGCGCAAAAGGGCGUCGUGCUGACGCUGUAUGAGCUUACAGAGGGCGAGAGUACCAGGGGCACAGAUUUCCACGGCCUCGAUCCAGAUUUACUGUCCAAAGCGCUACAAAUUCUGGUCAAGCGCGGCAAGGCCCAGAUCUUUGGACAAGAAGACUCGCAGGGCGUAAAGUUCUUUUGAUCUCGCUCUCUAUUCUACCUCCUCAUGAUGAUAUAACACGACGAGACAUUGGUCUCCUUUUGCGAAUCUCUAACUAGACAUACCACGUUGACACAUUAUUCCUCGAGCCGGGUCGUAAACAAACACCAAGUCCCAAGGUCUUCACCCGAAAGCAGUACAACUCCAUGCCAUCGCCUAUAUACAUGUACAAUCCAAAGUUACCAACUAGCAGGCAUCAAGCUGAGCGAAACGACCAUCACAGGCUCUUUUGGAAAAAGUUCUUGGCGAGGUACUUGUCGUCAAAGGAGACUUGCUGCUUCAUGGCGACAUCCAACAGCCAGUCCGCUGCGACGAUGCGUGGCUCCAUAUGGCCCUUGCGCGCCAUCUCCUCGAACUUGGGCCAGAGGGACCGCUCGUCGGCACUAUUGGAGCUGAGGAGAUAGACAGGCUCUGGCGGCGCGCCUCCGUCCUCCUCUUCCGUCGUCGGCUUGAUGGUCGUGCCGCUGCGCGCGCGAUACAGCUUGAACAUGGCUCCGUUGGCCUCAGCAAUGGCUUUGUAGCUUUCGGGUCCGUUGCAGAUGUUGUUCGUACAGUACACGGGGACUGUCCACAACAGCUUCCCGAGAUUCGCUCUCGCACGCGAGACUGCCGUCUCGAGCUUGACACCAAACUUGGCUUCGUUUUCCUCGUCCUUUAGGAGGAAGUCGUCGGGGUCAGGAACCUCGCCUCUUUCGAGAGCCUCGUCGAUGAAGUUGGACGAUAGUACGGUAGGCCCUUUGGCCAGGGUUUUGAGGAACUUGACAGUCCGUACCAUGUGGGGAGCGGCAAGAUAGUCGCACGGCUUAUCGUCUUGUACGAUCAUGAUUCCCAUGUCGCGGAGUUUUCUCUGCGACCUAUUAGCCUGGCAAAAAGAAAGGAAUGCAAAAGACUUACCCUCUCUGUAUCCUCCUUGGACUUGGCAUUGACCCAUCUCGUGAAGCCCGUCAGCACGAUCCUCAUCUCCACGUCUGGACGUAAUGAUUUCCGCUUCUUGGAAGGUCUUGAAUCUUCAUCCUCCUCAUCCACUUCCAUUGCCUGGGCUGGGCUUGAUGUGCGACCUCUUUCUCUGUCAAUUUGAUCUGCCGCACGCUUGCCACCCCAUGGGCCCUGCUUAUCCUUGCUGCGCUUCUUCUCCUUCUCGUACAGCGCAAUAUCGGGGGCGAUACGCUGUAGGUUGGUCAAAGCCUUGCUUUUGGCGCUUCGGCCUCCCGUCGACACUUCCGAGGGGGUAUCAUUCUCCUUUCCGCGGCCGCCUUUCUUAGGGCGUAUAGGCGUCAUGAAGCUGUCGUCGAUAGCCUCUUCACUCUUAUCCUCUUGUCUGCCAAUCACAACCCCUUCG